AUGGCAAGCCAGCGUCUAGUCCUUAUCACCGGCAUCAACGGUUACAUCGCGGCGCACACGGCGGCCACCUUCCUCAAAGCUGGGUACGCCGUUCGGGGAACUGUUCGUGCAAGGACUCCCAACGUCGAGUCGCUUGUUCGUACCCUUGAAAGUUGUUACCAUGAAAACCGGUUGGAGCUGGUCGAGGUGCCAGACAUCAGCGCCGACGGGGCGUUUGCCCGCGCUGUUGAAGGCGUCCAGGCAAUAGCACACCUUGCGAGUCCCGUAUCCAUGGCUGAGACCGAUCCAGAGCCUAUGAUGCGGGCUUCCGUUCAAGGCACAACCUCCCUUCUCGCCUCCGCUUUGGCCGAAUCGAAGAAAGGGUCCCAAGAAGAUGUACUGAAAUCGGUUGUGUUCAUGUCUACUAUCAGUGCUGUUUUCUCACCCUCCAAGCCCUCGGGACACAUCUUUACCGAGGCCGACUGGAACGAUGCCGCCGAAGAGGAAGUGCGCAGGUUGGGUAAGAACACGCCCGGCUAUGUCAUCUACCAGGCGAGCAAGACAGCUGCCGAGAGGGCGCUCUGGAAAUUUGGAAAGGACACGGGAGCUGGGUUUUCUAUGGCAGCCCUGUGCCCAGCCCCCGUUCUCGGGCCACCGCUGUACCUCCCGGAUCCAAUUUCCAACCUCAGCAUGCGCGUCAAGGACAUCUACGACAUCUUACAUGGCGGCCAAAUCCCAGAUUUUUCCCCUAUCAGGAGCACCUUUAUCGACGUACGGGAUGUGGCCGAGCUGGUUCUUAGAGCGGUGGAGCGGGGCUAUCAGACGCCGCGUGCCCGGGAGCGUUACCUGCUCGUCGGAGAGUCACCCAUAUCACCCCAGGGGAUGGCCGACGUACUGCGGGCAAGAUUCCCGGAGAGGCGAGACAUAAUUUGUGAAGGCAAUCUUGGAGAGACGUAUCCGGACAUGACUUGGGGGUUUGACGCGAGCAAGGCGGGUACGCUGCUGGGUAGGGACUGGACCAGGUUUCAGCAGAGCGUCGUUGACAGCGCCAAAGUGUUUCUUGCAGCAGGGGCUACCUGA